CUUGAUAGCGUAGUAGAAGACACCCAAUCCGCCGGCGACCAUAGUGUUGAAGAGGGGACUGAAGAAGAGUUACGAUUUUGGGAGAUCCAUAUUUAUCGUUUUCAUUUCCGAGUAUUUCCAACUGCAACUGUCGGAUUUGAGAAUGUGCUAGUUUUAGAACGGUUUUCAAUUACAGUAAAUCUGCAGUGUCUUCUUCCACUGAUCGAUUCAACGAGAAUACUAUGUAGCUGCGUCUGCGGCGAUUCUCUUAAUAUUUUCAAAAAAACUUUCUAAGAACGCAGUCUGGCGAGCAGGGGGGCACGUCGGUUGUCGUAGAUGCAGCUGGCGAUGUGGAGAGCGAGAGGGCGAUCAAAAUGAAUGCUGAGACCCAGACCUCCAAUGCACACACCGCAGCAACAGAUGAAGAAGCUGAGACGGAUGUGGCUGGUGCCGCUCGCCCUAGCCAGGUUCAACGACAGGCGUCACUGAAGGAUAAAGGGAAGUCGGAGACGGAGGAGGAAAAAGAGGAACCGAAGGAAGAGAAAAAGGACGCAGGGGAAGAGCAGGCAGAGGAAGCGACAGACAAGGAUAGCGCUAGCCGUGGUUAUGAACAACAGAUACAAACUUCUUCCCACGAGGAGGACGACUAUUUCAACAGGAUAUUGUUAAAAAAAUUGAGGAGUACCUGUUGUUCAUAGUAAAAGAGCAUUAAUGCGUGUGUCUUCUGCCUGUGCAUGUUUCUUUGCACCCUGAUAGAUAGGGUUGCGUAAAAGAAGUACUUCGAGAUUUCCCCAUACAUAAUUAUCGUACACUUUCAUGAUUACGGAGGCGAAACAUCCGACAAGAGGGCGGCAGAGGCAAAGGGAGACGAAGCAGUCAGGGAAGCGACGCUGGAGGCGAAGAGGGCAGAAGAGGGCGCUCGUGAUGCGGCCGCGGCUGCACAAUUAUGAAGUCCAUCAUCGUGAUAUGCUGUCACAGACAACUCGCCAGGUAGCACUUCUUAAUCCACAUACCAAGCAUACCUGUCGUAUUGUAAACUAGACUACAUUUUUUCUUCUAAGACUAGCAAGUAUACCUGUCGUAUUGUAAACUACUACGUACAAAAAUUCAUCACCGAUCCGAUUGAUCUGGGUAUAUCAUCUUCUAAGACAAGCAGCCGACGAGGCACGGGAGCAGGUGCACGAGGAGGUGGUCAAUGCCCAACGUAGUAUCACGGAGACGCUAAAACAGGCAAAGGAAGAGGUAAAAGGUGCCGCAAAGAAACCCGUUCAGGAUUCCGUCCAUAGAGAAGUACAUACUUUUUGAUUUUUAUCUAGGUCUGAUGUUGAUUAGGCAAAAACUUCUAUCUGUUUAUUCUGAAGUUUCAAAAUUUGUUCGUCGAAUCAUCUUCUUAAAUGGAAAAGUAUAUGCGUCGAAUCAUCUUCUUAAAUAUAUGCGUGUAUGAUAGACACUUCUUCUAGUCUUCAUGUUUAUUUUCCCUCUUUCAAAAUACAACUUACAUUAUGAAUGUAACAUCAUAGGAUUUCUUGGACGCGAAAGAAGUGACUAUGUGGAGAACUUUGGGGGACUGGGAUUUAGGCUCGCGUAUCUUCCAGCACAUUCUGACACUGGGGCUGAUUAUCGCUUUGAACUCCUUUUUCUGGUACGCUUUGCUAGUGAAAAGCACUGGGAGCGGUGACGCAGAAGAUGUUAUGGAGGCAGUGACAGUGAGUUGCUAUCAUCACAUAGUAUUCGACGUAAAGGCUUUUUUGUUACCAUUACAAGUCCUAAUUCAUCAUCUUACUUCUGUUUACAACUGAGGCAGUGCAUCUACAAGUAGCUAAAACCGAGUAGCUAUACAUAGCAUCUCCCGCCCUUUUCUUUCCUGUCUUCAUAGUUGCAGGUGGUCGCGAAAGCGAGCCCUUAUUGGUAGGUCGAAGUUCGUCGCAGAGGGACAGUGCGACCUCUGGUAGACCGUCCUCGAUGCGGUCCCCCAAUUCUCAUUAAGGCUGUCUACCUCUACUGGACAGUUCGCAGUUCUCAAGAAAAAGUCGCUAAGUAUGGUUGGUUCAGAAUUUUAUUUUUUUUUGUCAACAUCUCAGUAAUAAUCGUUCACAAAGAUAAUCAUUUAGUGUCCCCUUCAACAUUCACUGUUACUAGAGAACCGAUAUUAAUGUAUGCAAGAGUCCUAAUAUCGCUUUCACUUCUUAGAAAAUAAACCGCGGCUGCCCUAUGGCCAUCGUGAACGAUGGCAAGAACAGGGACUACAGCAUGACUUUCACUUCUUAGUAGAAAAUGAAUUAUCGCGGAUUUUGAGAGCUCUAAUCUGAGUCUUCGUUCAGGUCAUCCCGAAUGAGUUCACGGCGAGACUCGAAUGACGAGAAUGGGGAUCAUCGAGACAGUACGAGUACGCGAGGAAGUUCGAGAACGGGCGGAGGAGGUAGCGGAAGAUUCUCAACAUCCGAACACGGUGCUGACUCUAUGGCUUGUUAACUUAUUUAUCCAUCUCAGGAGUCGUAGAGGCUUAGAAGACCCUAAGUAAUAAUAACUGAUUCAUGCUUCAUGCUAUUGGAGGAGUAGCCUAAUCGUAAUCCAUCUUCUGGAGCAUCUUGCUUGGUCCGGAAGGACUGUCCCCUAGGAGGCAAGGGGAACGAGACAAGGGGAAAGAGACAAGGGGAAACCAGGUCCAAGAACAGUUCUUUCAAGAUACAUUUGGCUCAGGUCUAAUAAUUUGCAGCGUGGACCCAGCAGAGGAUAUAGCAGUCGGUCUGGCGGCAGCGGAGUGGACGACCGAGGUCCAGGAGUGUCUCAAUGACGACAUGAAGCAUCUAAAUUUUUUGGAUUUUGAAUUUGAUCAUUUUGGGUGUCGUCAAGUAGAAGGUGAUAGCGAAUCUCUUUGUUCUGUGAGUAAUGGAAAGAGAUAACCACGAAUAAAGUGCUGUCAAAAGAAGAUAGGUUUCUCUUGGAUAUUUUUGAGAAAAAUAAGGACAAUCUACACAGAUACACAGUGAACUAAAAAGGAUAGUAUAAAAUGCACACAAUGUUCAUGAUCACCUAACAAACGCAUGCACGUACCAGGUGUAUCGAUGACAAGCUAUCAAUGAAGAGAAAUUAACUAUUGCCACCCACUAACCAGACUGAACAGAACUCAACCACGUUGAUUAUCACUACUAGGAAUGCCGGUUGAGAGCGUAGUCAAAGACAAUGUCAACCUAAAAAUGUCAUAGACUCCAAGAAACGCAUCGAAGAACUGUUGUAACAGGUUACUUACAUUUCGCACCAUCUUAAUCCC